AUGUCUACGUACAACUACGAGUCCAGGCGCGUCACCCCCUCGGCGCAUGUGGGCAACCGUUUCGACACGGCGCACCGCAAGAAAGCCGUGGCGAACAUCUUCGAGAACGUCAACCAAGAAGCCGUGAUGCGCCUGUUCCAGAAAACGGGCGAUAUGAAGGCGGAGGAGCGCGUCCGGAGCAUCUUCUCCUACACGCACGAGCCCGAGGACCGGUCGCGCGCACUCAUGGCUCUCAAGCAGCGCAAAAAGGACAAGUUUCUUCAGAUCGCAGGGAUGGUGCGGCAUCUGCUGAAGCUGCGGUGA